UCUGCAAAGAAGAUCACAGUGUGACGUAAACGACGAUCUAAACAAGUAUCAGCUGUGUAGCAGUCAUUGUUCGUAUCCGUUUUGGCAGACGUACAAGAAUUCUGUUUUUCUUCGUUUUCUGAUCGUCGGGCAUUAAAGUCCGACAGAAUAAACGGUACACGCGUUAAUCGGGAAGACAAGUGGCGAAAAAAAAGGGGGGAGGCUACGAGUUUUCCGUAGAACGCAACCGUGGCUGCGUGCGUGCUCCAGCCCCAGCCCCACCAACGAUCUUAGGGACAAUAAUCGUGUGAAAAACGGGGCGGUACGCGCAUAAGCCUGGCCUCGAGCGGCGAGUCGGACGACGGUGGACUCGCUCCGCCACCGCGCAAAAGGUCCCGUAGUUCUCUCCCGACUACCCUACGACCAGCGGACGAGCACCACACCGAUCCCGAGAUGGAAAACUAUCGUGUAAUGCAACAGCAGACCUCAAAUGGUGGCAUUUCCUCCGGACUACAGCAGAAUGGGAGUACCGCUGAUUCCGGUGGCCCUCAUGCGAAUGGCAACAUAAUACCGGAAUCGGACAGUGACAUCAAUGGUGUGAACGGGGAAACGAAUCAGAAUAUGGGACCUCCAAAAAUAAUGGACAAAACUAAUCAAGACAUUGUGAGACUCAUUGGGCAACAUUUGAAGACAGUUGGACUUGAUCGUACAGCAGAUCUUCUUAUGCAAGAGUCAGGAUGCAGGCUGGAUCAUCCAGCAGCUGCAAAAUUUAGACAGCAUGUCAUGGAUGGGGACUGGACAAAGGCAGAGCAUGACCUUAAUGAAUUGAAAUCAUUUUUAAAUGGUGCAAGUCAGAGUCUAGUGGAAAUGAAGUUUUUAUUACUAGAACAGAAGUACUUGGAAUACCUGGAAGAAGGAUUGGUCCUGGAAGCAUUGCAAGUUUUACGCAACGAACUUACACCCUUAGGUCACAACACAGGUCGUGUCCACCAAUUAUCUGCAUUUAUGAUGUGCAGUGGACGCGAUGAAUUACAGACACGUGCGGGCUGGGAUGGCAAAGGUGCAACAUCAAGGGCUGCCUUAAUGGAUAGACUACAGAAAUACCUACCACCUUCCAUUAUGUUACCACCGCGUCGUCUUCAUUCUCUACUGUGCCAAGCUGUAGAGAUGCAAAACCAACAGUGCACAUACCAUGUAACACAAACUCAGUCGAGUUUAGAGAAUGUGUCACUGCUCGUGGACCACAGCUGCAGCAAAGAACAGUUUCCGUGCCAUACGAUACAGGUGCUCAAUAAUCAUUGUGACGAAGUGUGGUAUUGUAAAUUUUCACCAGAUGGUCUUAAGUUAGCCACAGGUUCCAAGGAUAUGACUGUAAUCAUUUGGGAUGUUGAUCCUGAAACAUUAAGAGUAACUUAUAGGAAAACACUAGAAGGUCAUACUUAUGGUGUGGCACUUAUUGCUUGGAGUCCUGACAGUAGUCUUCUAAUUGCCUGUGGACCUGAAGAUUGUCCAGAACUUUGGCUUUGGAGUAUUGAUCCACCUCAUUAUGAAUUACGCGCAACAGUUACCCAGAGUACUGACGAUUCGCUUACGGCUUGCGCCUGGUACCCUGAUUCACGUAAAUUUGUCGCUGGAGGACUUCGUGGACAAUUCUAUCAAUUUGAUUUAGAAGGGAACGUGUCAGAAUCUUGGGAAGGAGUUAGAGUAAAAUGUUUAUGGUGCAAAAGUGAUGGUAAAACUGUUCUAGCUGCUGAUUCGCAUCACCGAAUUAGGGGAUAUAAUUUUGACGAUUUAUGUGACUUUACAAUAUUACAAGAAGACCAUCCGGUGAUGUCAUUUAGUGUAAAUAAAACGGACCGACUUGCACUUCUAAAUGUGGCUAAUCAGGGUGUACAUCUGUGGGAUCUACAGGAUAGCUGCUUAGUAAGACGUUUCCAGGGUGUUACACAAGGACACUUUACAAUUCAUAGUUGUUUUGGUGGUGUAAAUCAAGAUUUCAUUGCAUCUGGUAGUGAAGAUACUAAAGUGUAUGUGUGGCAUAUCAAGAGAGAACUACCAAUAGCAACAUUAACAGGGCAUAGUAGGACAGUAAAUUGUGUUUCAUGGAAUCCAGUAUACCAUCAAAUGAUGGCUUCUGUCUCAGACGACUGUACAGUGAGAAUAUGGGGCCCCAGGUCAUCGUCUCCCGAAAAAACUGAAACUGACAAGACUGUACCAUUGGAGAGCAACUCCUCAAAUGAUAGUGGAUGGCAUGAAAUGGUAUCGUAGCGAACUACAGUGCAGCAGUGUGCCCAUGAUUUCAUGGUGUUCAAAAGACUGUCAUAUUGAUCGUCACAUUGACUCUUUCCUGCCCCUAGCAGCUAUCUCUUUAUGCCUCGUUACUGUAAGUCUGGGUAAAUGACUGUACAAGAGUAAAUGAGGGAUAUGUUAGCAUUAACUGCUAACUGAUUAAAAAA